AGGACAACUCUCUGCCUUUUUUCUCUGUUAUAUUUUUAUACUUCGUCAAAUAAAAGAUAUGCAUCUGGUUAAUGUAUGGUUAGUUUGCGGACAAAAACAACUGGAUGUUGUUAAGACUUUGGCAGUUCAGUAGUUUUGCCGGAAAAAACAUGGGAUACGAUUUUUGUUGACUUAUUAUCUUCGAUUUAAACAGGUUUGCCUUGGUUCUUAGCAUAAGCGAUUUAUCGUAUACAAAGAGUUUGUAAACAGGCAUAACAACGUAAAGACUUGAAUAGACGGCAAGAACAAACCAAAGUGCCAUGCAGUCAGGCAUAAUGAAAGGGCAAUCAUGCCCUUUCUCCGCAACCAUGUCUGGUCUGUCCUGUUUUCAGAGGCAAAUUAACAAUUAUGCCGGGCAUUUCCUCAGACUCAAACUCUGGUAUUUGCAGGGAUUUAAAACGUAAAUAGUUUAUUGGAUUAUCUGGGACAAAUCUGGACACAUUCACGCCCUCAAUGCUGAUUGAAACUCGCGUUACAAGUGUUAAUCUUUGUACAAGCGAAGAAAUACUAUGUUCCGAGCCACAUUGUCGCUGCACCGACGUCACCGCGAAGUCGCCUUUACAUCGACCGACAUGGUAUCGUCGCCAUUGUGUGCUUAAUUGAUACGGAAGAAUAGGAGAUCAUGCAGAUUUAUAAAGUCCGGCGCAGUCGCCCCCCAGUUACGGGCUAACCCGUAUAAAAUAGGGUUAUUCACUUCAUUGGUAAUGGCGCUGCGGCAGUAGAAUUGGCAGGUACAUGCGCGUUACACUAAUUGACGUAAUACUGGUGAUUCAAAUACACAUCGCUCACUGCUUCAGUGUCUCGUAUAUAAAACCAUGCUACGGAGGGGCGGUGAUCAACAAAAGAGUGGUUUCUAAAGAGAGCUAACACAUUUACUUACACCAAAGGAGAUCCCGGAAAAAGCAAAUAUUCAAAGAAAAUUGAAACAACUUCGUCCAUACAGUGCGCGUCCGCAGAUUGGCAAACAAGUUUUGUCUUUAUUAGUAAUUCGAAAGAAAGAAACAAGAACAUUUUGGGCCAGUAAAAGAAGUUAUCAUCAAGGAUAACACGUGUUUCAAGACCAUCGAUCACGCAGAGGUUCGAAAUGCGGUCACCGACUAUAAUUGGGGUUCUGCUAUUGUUCGGGGUCACAUACAUGACCGAAGCAGGAAAAGCUAAGAAAUCUCUCAGAAGUGGAGCGUUUGACCUUUACUACAAGUUCAAAGACCAUUUUGAGCGCCAGACAACAACAUCAGACUUUGUUAGUCUACCUUUCACCCGUGAGACUUAUCUCUAUUCAAGAGCAGCGAAGGGAUACUUGCAAAUCGUAGGAAGAAAGAUCAAUGCAAAUGGGGUGCGGAGGUCCUCGUACGCUCGUUUCCUGGUGGAGAGUGACAAUUUUGGGAGAGUAAGAUUCAAAGGAAUUCAAUCAGGAAGAUAUUUAUGCAUGAACAAGGCAGGAAAACUGAUUGCAAAGGCCGAUAGAAGACGGAAAGGAAAGAAAAGUAAAAAAGAUCGCAGCUCACAGGGAAAAAGAAGGCGCUUUGCAAAAGAGAAGAAGAUGCGAAGAUGUGUAUUCAAAGAGGUUUACGGCAAAAAAGCCUACAUUUCCUUUCAAUUAUCAUCUAACGAAUCGUGGUAUCUUGCCAUAGACAGAAACGGACAGCCACGCAAGGGUCCCCAGACGAAGGGGCAAAGCAAAUCAGUGCAUUUCAUUGAAAGACCGAUCGGAGUAAAAAGAGACUCACCUAAAUUCUCGGAGAGGAGUCGACCGAGGCCGAGUCGUCGGAAGACGAAAAGAAACAAACACAGGCAAUCUUACCAAAAGUCUGAGCGGAGCUGGCCAUUAACACCAGAAAAUAACGGUAUUAGCACGGAUAUUGUUACCAAAUAUAUAAAACAAUUCAAAAAACGAAAGAGCAGCUUAAAACGUGCGAUAAUCUCGCUGAAGAAACUGAGGAAGAAUGUUGUAGUUUCUAGUAAAAUUAGAGAAACGAAAACCAGGACUAGAAAUCUGGCGAAAUAUGGCCAAGAGUUAAGAAGUAUUAUAUCGCAGUUAGCAAAGGAUGUCAAUUAGUUUAAAAAGUAUUGUACAUAUUUAUAUUUUAAGAGCAACAUCGGUAAUGGCUACGUCAUAUAAAGAAAUUUAAUAAACUCCCAUUUACAAAAAAGGGGCUGUCAGAGCGGCACUUAUAUUUGGGGGGGGUUAUAAGAGACAAACAAGGAUCAAUCAUAUCCCAUGAUUCGCCACCCUGUUACUGAGAUAUCACAACAUUUUUUAGAGAGCAUGGGGCCCAAGCACACCCCACGCCCCCUCCGCUGUUUGCAACGGUUUGCAAAGGAAUUUGAAAUCAAGUAGUGAGCGUUUCCUAGUAUAAAUGCUUAUUGAAACAGCUUACACGAGGUAGUGUGAUAGGAAAGUUGGCUAUAGAAAAUUUUUGCAGGUUACUUUUUUAUCUAGAUCUGUUUCCAGUUUUGCAUACCCAGCUAAGAUGAUUUUCAGUAACCAGUAGGAGGCUCAGUAACUUUUGGUUACAUGGAGUGAUUAAUUUUUUUACUGUGUUGCUAUAUCUUGGAACAUUUAUUAAGAGAGAACAUUUAAUUCUUUUUCAAGCACAAAGCCUCUCGAAAAUUUCCAAAAUAACCAUUUGCUAUUUUUUCCAAACCAGCUUGAGACACUGCCAUGCAUUUUCCAUGGUUGAUAACUAUAACUGGAAUUGGAAAAUGGUUUUUUUAAUAGAAAGAUAUUUUAUUAAUAAAAUGUACAAGAUUGGUUUUGUAAGAUUUCUUUCAAGGAAACUGUAAGUGAUGUGUAUUUAUGCAAUAUAAUUAAGAUGUUAACAUUUAAUCACUAACCAACAAUGUUGGGAAGUCUUUCCAAACAUAUAAAUUGAAAAUAUUGUCUUCAGUUGAGAUUGUUGUAUAUCUGUUGAUGGCAUUAAAUAUUAUUUAACAUUUAUUAAAA